AUGGCGUUUGUUAGCAACCAGAAAAUGAUCUCCACACAGCCUGAGCGGCUAUCCAAAGGCAGACAGGAUGGGUGUCGGCCGGAUCAUAACAGUUUUCCUGAUUAUAACAGGACCAACAACAGCAGCACCCACAACCAGCAUUCCUACUACAGAAGCUCCAACUACUGCUGCUGCGACAACGGUGCAACCUACAACUACUGCUUCACCUACGACAGCAGCAAUUUGGACCGCAGCACCUACUACUGUUGCAACAACAACAGCAGCACCUACAACUACUGCUGCUCUGACAACGGUGCAACCUACAACUACAGCUACACCUACAACAGCAGCACCUACUACUGUUGCAACAACAACAGCAGCACCUACAACUACUGCUGCUCUGACAACGGUGCCACCUACAACAACUGCUACACCUACAACAGCAGCACCUACGACUGUUGCAACAACAACAGCAGCACCUACAACUACUGCUGCUCUGACAACGGUGCAACCUACAACAACUGCUUCACCUACAACUACUGCUGCUCAGACAACGGUGCCACCUACAACAACUGCUACUCAGACAACGGUGCAACCUACAACAACUGCUACACCUACAACAGCAGCACCUACUACUGUUGCAACAACAACAGCAGCACCUACAACUACUGCUGCUCUGACAACGGUGCCACCUACAACAACCGCUACACCUACAACAGCAGCACCUACUACUGUUGCAACAACAACAGCAGCACCUACAACUACUGCUGCUCUGACAACGGUGCAACCUACAACAACUGCUUCACCUACAACAGCAGCACCUACUACUGUUGCAACAAUAACAGCAGCACCUACAACUACUGCUGCUCAGACAACGGUGCCACCUACAACAACUGCUGCUCUGACAACGGUGCAACCUACAACAACUGCUACACCAACAACUGCAGCCCCUACUACUGUUGCAACAACAACAGCAGCACCUACAACUACUGCUGCUCUGACAACGCAGCCCCUACUACUGUUGCAACAACAACAGCAGCACCUUCAACUACUGCUGUUCCAACAACAACGUUGCAACCUACAACAACUGCUACACCUACAACAGCACCACCUACUACUGUUGCAACAACAACAGCAGUACCUACAACUACUGCUUCACCUACAACUACUGCUGCUCUGACAACGCAGCACCUACUACUGUUGCAACAAACAACAGCAGCACCUACCACAACUGCUACACCUACAACAGCAUCACCUACUACUGUUGCAACAACAACAGCAGCAUCUACAACUACUGCUGCUCAGACAACGGUGCUACCUACAACAACUGCUUCACCUACAACAGCAGCACCUACUACUGUUGCAACAACAACAGCAGCACCUACAACUACUGCUGCUCAGACAACGGUGCUACCUACAACAACUGCUACACCUACAACAGCACCACCUACUACUGUUGCAACAACAACUGCUGCACCUACAACUACUGCUACUCUGACAACGGUGCAACCUACAACAACUGCUUCACCUACAACAGCACCACCUACUACUGUUGAAACAACAACAACAGCACCUACAACUACUGCUGCUCAGACAACGGUGCUACCUACAACAACUGCUACACCUACAACAGCACCACCUACUACUGUUGCAACAACAACUGCUGCACCUACAACUACUGCUACUCUGACAACGGUGCAACCUACAACAACUGCUUCACCUACAACAGCACCACCUACUACUGUUGAAACAACAACAGCAGCAUCUACAACUACUGCUGCUCUGACAACGGUGCAACCUACAACAACUGCUUCACCUACAACAGCACCACCUACUACUGUUGAAACAACAACAGCAGCAUCUACAACUACUGCUGCUCUGACAACGGUGCCACCUACAACAACUGCUUCACCUACAACAGCAGCACCUACUACUGUUGCAACAACAACAGCAGCACCUACCACAACUGCUACACCUACAACAGCACCACCUACUACUGUUGCAACAACAACAGCAGCAUCUACAACUACUGCUGCUCAGACAACGGUGCUACCUACAACUACUGCUGCAUCUACAACAGCAGCACCUACUACUGUUGCAACAACAACAGCAGCACCUACAACUACUGCUGCUCAGACAACGGUGCAACCUACAACUACUGCUACACCUACAACAGCAGCACCUACUACUGUUGCAACAACAACAGCAGCACCUACAACUACUGCUGCUCAGACAACGGUGCAACCUACAACUACAGCUACACCUACAACAGCACCACCUACUACUGUUGAAACAACAACAACAGCACCUACAACUACUGCUGCUCUGACAACGGUGCCACCUACAACAACUGCUUCACCUACAACAGCAGCACCUACUACUGUUGCAACAACAACAGCAGCACCUACAACUACUGCUUCACCUACAACUACUGCUGCUCUGACAACGGUGCCACCUACAACUACUGCUGCAUCUACAACAGCAGCACCUACUACUGUUGCAACAACAACAGCAGCACCUACAACUACUGCUGCUCAGACAACGGUGCAACCUACAACAACUGCUACACCUACAACUGCAGCACCUACUACUGUUGCAACAACAACUGCUGCACCUACAACUACUGCUACUCUGACAACGGUGCAACCUACAACAACUGCUUCACCUACAACAGCACCACCUACUACUGUUGAAACAACAACAACAGCACCUACAACUACUGCUGCUCUGACAACGGUGCUACCUACAACAACUGCUACACCUACAACAGCACCACCUACUACUGUUGCAACAACAACUGCUGCACCUACAACUACUGCUACUCUGACAACGGUGCAACCUACAACAACUGCUUCACCUACGACAGCAGCACCUACUACUGUUGCAACAACAACUGCUUCACCUACAACUACUGCUGCUCAGACAACGGGGCAACCUACAACUGCUAAACCUACAACAACAGCAGCAUCUACUACUGUUGCAACAACAACAGCAGCAUCUACAACUACUGCUGCUCCGACAACGGGGCAACCUACAACUGCUAAACCUACAACAGCAGCACCUACUACUGUUGCAACAACAACAGCAGCACCUUCAACUACUGCUGCUCCAACAACGGGGAAACCUACAAAACAAGGUGUUGUAGCUAUGAGAAUCAAGAUUUCCUCUGCGUCUCCACUGUCUGAAGACUUCAUCAGGAGUACCAUCAUACAACAGAUUAAAGAUGAGCUGGUGAGAAAAGGGCUGCCAUCAGACAUAACUCUACGCCUCGUCAGAAGUGUUCAACUGGGACUCAAAACCCAGCAUGUCUUUUAUUCCUAACUUCACCUGAAGAUGACAUUAAUGCUCCAAAUUUGACAAUCUGAAUUAAGGACUAUCUACUUUCACCAAAGGAAAUCGAAUUAAUUACAGAUAUUAAAAUCCUUUGCAGCAAAAUCUGGGUGAAUGCAAACCAUAGCUGUGAUAAAUGUAGUGUUUUUACUGAUGUAUAUUAUAUUUCCAUAUUUGAAGUGUAUUAUAUUUUUACGAGAGUGAAAGCAGUAUAUUUCUAUUACACUGUACAUGCAAAAAGCCAAUAGGGACAGUAUUUUCUACUCUAAUUUUUGCAUUUUCCCAAAUAAAACACAUUCAAAUUCAAUAUUCCAGAUUAUGUAUAUGAUCAGAGUUUAAUGAUUUAAAAUCAAAGUCUUCAGUUUUGUUUAGAGUUGUUUUGCAGGAGGUGGUUGAACUCAUCACAUGUUUGAGGGAAUAGUUGACUAGUGUGACUCUUAUGCCCCUUUCACACCAACGCGUUUUCAGCUGGAGCUGGAGCCUGGAAAGUACCGGUUUUUCCUGUUCACACCGCAGAGGCGCCGCCUCUUAGCUCCGGAAUCCGGUUCACUUCCAGCUCCAAAAAAUUGUCGGUCUAGAGGCAAGAGCUUCGGAGCUAAGAGGCGGCGUCGCUUACGUUUUUCAGAAGGUUUUGCUGCCAUCGAUUUUAUUCGCAGUGUUUUAUGUCUCUAUAUAAUAUAAACCAAAUGCAAAAAUGUGUAACCUCAAUUAAUUUAAACUGAACAAAAACAAAUCUUACAUAAAUGAAAGUUAUACCGUUGAUUAUGCUAAUUCAGAAAGCUUUAUUUCAUAUUGCAUUGUGUCUUAACUGUAUUGUGUUUAACUAUGAGAUGAU